AUGAAACACAUUGUAUUGGUAGUCAGUAGCGAUGUUACUGCCAGAGUGACAGCUCUACAGUGCUUGCAGAAGAUAGCCCAGGGCAAGGAAUAUAAUUCAUCUUGUUUUAAGGACAAGACUUUUGUUCAGAUAGUUACCUCUACACCAGAAGAAGAUGAGCUUGUUGACAACUCUGGCUCAAAAAAUGAUUGGCUUUCACUUGAAGACACCAUCUCUGUGCUAACAAGAACUGGGAAGCAAGAAACUUCUGAGGAAUG